AGUGAUGUCAUGGCUCAAGUGCCAUGGCAUGGAGGCCAGCACAUGCCGGCCUUCGACGCAAGCCUGGGCGGAGAGCGACCAGGUGCAUAGCUUCGCUCUCCCCGGCUGCGCAUCAGAAGAUGCCCAGGUGUCACCUCUUCGUGUAGGAAAAGAGCUAUCGCAGACACUGCAAGAGCAUCAGGUGAGCCAAAGUGAGCAACUAUUGCAAUGGAUAGCGCGAGAGGAGGCUCGAGCGAUAGAGGGCCAGAUGCUGCUGGAACAACUGGUGAGGGACUCUUUGAGCAUGGCGUCUCCUGGCGGCCUCCCGCCAAUGGUGGACAGUAUUCGCAGCACCGCGAAUGGUCAGAGCGAGGAGCCAGAGGGCUUGGAGCUGCUGGUGCUGGAUGGCCACAGCCCGACAUCACCCCUGGCUGGUGAAAUGCAUGUUCCUUCAGCCGUGAGGUCCUCUUUGCGGAGGCAUGCGGCGCAGCAGCAGAAUAGUUUGGAGGAAUGGUCCCGGCGACAUGAGAGGCUUCGAAAGCAGGCGUACCGGCGAAUGCAAGCUCUGCUGGUCGGCGCUGAGCGGCGGCCUUCCCUAGCUUCCCUAGGUCAGCUUCAAGAAGCUUCAGACGGCCGAGUUCCCUCCUUAAGUGACUUCCCGGACUUGCCAGACACACCAAAUGCGAGCGCGAUGAAGGACAUUGGGGAGACGGGCGGCACUCCUGAGGUCGUGCAUCAGGAAACGGCGCCUCAGCGGAGGACGACGUUCUUCCCCACCAAGGGGAUGGAGUGGAGCAGGUGUAUUUUCGUGGUGCUCGAUGACCCCGAAGCCUUCCUGAUUGGAAAGGUCAUUUCGGCCUUCAUCAUCACUGCCAUCCUGGUCAGCACGGCCACCUUCAUCCUAGAGUCCAUGCCUGGCUUCCAACAGCGGCCCGGGCUUUGCGAUGAACUGCUGGCGGCCCACGAGCCAAUUACCAAAGAAGCCUGCGAGCCGGUGCCUGACCCUAGUUUCUACUACCUGGAGGUAGUAUGCAUCAGUAUCUUCACCUUGGAGUACUUGGUUCGACUGCUCACCUGCCACUCCGACCCGAGCUUGGGCCCUACGCCAUUGACUCGGACGCUGCGCUAUGCCAGGAUGCCGUUGAACAUCAUCGAUGUGCUGGCCGUGGCUCCGUUUUACCUUGGCUUCGCUCUGGCCUCGGUGAGCUCCUUGCGAGUGCUGCGCCUGGCACGAGUGGUCCGACUCUUCAAGCUGGCCAAGCACCAUGCAGGUAUUCGCCUUUGCCUGGAAGCCAUGAACAGAAGCGGUCUCACCUUGGCGAUCCUGAUGUUCUUCAACGUGAUCGUUGGCAUCAUUUUCGCCUGUGUCAUCUUCUUCAUCGAGGGCCAGAAUUUCUCAGUGGAUCCAAAAUUUACUCGGCCCACCGUGGAUGCGCUCAACAAUACCGUUCCAGCACCGCAUCCAUAUGGUGUAUUCGUGCGGAAGGAUGCGCAGGGCGAGUAUGACGUGGAGACACCGUUCCGUUCCAUUCCUAUCUCGCUCUGGUGGGUCUUCACAACCAUGACGACCGUGGGCUAUGGUGACAUGGUUCCGACCACAAUAUUAGGCAAGAUUGUGGGUGUGCUGUGCUUUUACUGUGGCGUCAUCCUCCUGGCGCUUCCGAUUGGUGUCCUGAGUUCCAACUUUGAGAGCGCGUAUUCUCAAGCUCGGGGGAUGACCACUCGAACCAGUCGGAGAACCAGCAGAUCCAUGAUCCUCGCGAGGGUUCAUCCGUCGCUGAUUGGCACUUCGAUGAGUAUGGGUCAUGCCAUCACCACCAGGGAGAGCCGAUGGUUUCCAGAGACAAAGUCAUGGGCUGUAAUGAUCUUUGCCCUUCUCAGCGAUCCGGGCUCCAGCCGCGCUGCCAAGCUGGUGUCCUGGUUUGUGACCGCCGUGAUUCUGGUAACUACUGUCAGCAUGCUGCUGGAGUCCAUGCCAGCUUUCAGUUCCAGACCGGCUGAGUGCAAGCUAUGGCCAGAGAUCACUUUAGAGGAUUGUCGCCCGCGGCCUGGUCCUGCCUUUGAGUACGUGGAGGCCGUCUGCAUCAUCAUAUUCACCAUCGAGUAUGUGCUCCGGGUACUUCUGGUGCACCGGGUGUCUCCCAGAGAGGCUGGCCUUACAGACAGCAAGGCUGGCCCACUGAAGGUAACUAUGGGUUAUGCUUUGCAGUGGCUCAACUUGGUGGACUUCUUUGCGAUCGCUCCAUACUACGUUUCUCUCAGCGGCUUGUACCAGGGCAGCACAGCAGCCGUGCGUGUCCUGCGCCUGGUUCGCGUGUUCCGUCUGCUGAAAUCCCCGCGGCUUCGGGAUGGUGUGGAUAUGAUCAUCAACAUCGUGGGGGACUCCCUGCCUGGCAUCCUCUCGGUCUUCUCCUUGACCAGCAUCGUGUGUAUUCUCUUCUCGUCCUGUCUGUGGAUUUGCGAGGGCACGGAGUACUCCGUGACCUUUGACCCCGAGAACUACCCACGUGGAGUCUACGUUCGGCCUACGCGCCAUGGCUAUGGUGUGGAGCCGACACCCUUCACAUCCAUCACUCACUGCUUUUGGUGGUUUUUCGUCACGGCGACGACCGUGGGCUAUGGAGACGAGUUUCCAACCACCACACUGGGUAGAUUGACGGCCGUGGGGACAUUCUACGCUGGUAUCGUGCUGGUGGCCAUCAAGCUGACCAUCGUAGGCCGGGCGUUAAAGCGGCGCUUCCCGCAGUACCAGGCGCAGUGAGCCGGCUUACGAUGCAGCUUUCGCGUUUGGGCCGAGCGCCUCGUAC